AUGCGCCUAUAUCGAGCAGUUCAAAGCAAACUUCUCCAGGGGGACAUCUCCGGUGCUGUACGUGCAAUCUCGUCGGACUCCUCAGUGGCUCCCCGGUGUGACACUGUCCUAAAUCAACUCCGAAGUAAACACCCUCGCACUCCCGCCGAUAUACGAGCAAUUCCGACUUUGGACACGGUCCCGCCUAUCCCGAUCACACCGGCCGAGUUCUCGGCUGCCCUGGGGUCUUUUGCUCCCAGCAGCAGCGGGGGCUUAGACGGUUUAAAGCCCAUCCAUCUCCGGGAUCUCGUAUCACCCAUAACCCUCGAUUCCGGUAGGGACUUAUUAUCCUCCAUCACCCGUCUUUGUUCGCGCAUUGUGUCCGGCACGAUCCCAGCCGUCGCAAGGGAGCUUCUCUUUUCUGCGGGGCUUAUUGCCCUGAAGAAAGCCGAGGGCGGUGUGAGACCGAUUGCUAUCGGCAACGUCUUCAGAAGGCUCUCAGCCAAAAUCAUGUCAUUCAGGGUGGUUCCAACUCUGAGUUCGGAGUUUUUACCCUUCCAGUACGGUGUUGGUGUUAAGGGUGCCUGCGAAAUCCUAGCGCACGGUACCCGCCAACUCUUACAUUCUAAACCCAACGACUGUGAGUUUAUUGUCAAACUGGAUGUCAGUAAUGCUUUCAAUUGUGUCCGUCGUGACCACAUGUUCGAGGUGGUCUCAAAACGGUGCCCAGAGCUCUGGCCAAUCGUAAAUCUCGCAUAUUCUUCUCCAAGCUGCCUCCUGUUUCAUGGCGAAACCAUUAUGUCCGAAUGCGGUAUUCAGCAGGGUGACCCCCUUGGGCCAUUGCUGUUUGCCCUCUCUGUUGACCAUAUUGCACGCAACCUUGCUUCCAAUGUCAAUUUUUGGUACCUGGACGAUAUUACUAUUGGAGGACCUUUGGAUGUCGUUAUGGAGGACAUUAACAAAAUCACGUCUGGUUUCGCGGAGAUCGGUCUAUCCUUGAAUGGUCGUAAGUGCGAACUCGUAAAUAUCUCGUUAUCCUCGGGGGCUCUUUCUCAGGCAUCUUCUUCCCUACGCGGUCUGAUUGCAGGGCUAAGGCUCACACCUACCAACGAUCUAGUUAUUCUGGGGUCACCAAUUUCCGAACAUGGAAUCUUAAAGAGCUUAUUGUCUAAAUUGGAAGAAAUCAAGCUGCUUACCGAGCGGAUCCGCGGGCUUGACUCGCACAUGGCUUUUUUCUUGCUGAGGAAUUUCCUCUUUAUCCCGAGGCUAACAUACAUCCUCCGUUCUUCGCCUUGUUUCGUGGCUCCCGAUGCUUUACUUGCAAUCGACAAUCUUAUCCUCACCUCGCUGCGAUUUAAGCCUCCUGAAAAAGUCAAUGAACGGUCCACUCUGGGCAUUGAAGUAGAAGUUGUCGUUGGUAAGAAAUAUUAUCUUUCAAUAAGAAGUAUUGUUUAUGUUACGACUGUAAAGGGGCCAAAUAUCAUUGGUUGUAAAGACAUGUGUGACCUUUAA